GAUGCGCCCCCAGAGAGGCGGCCGCCCCUCCGCGUCCCCCCCCCAGACGGUGAAGCAGCUCCUGAAGGUGCUGAGGCAGCAACAGGGGGGAGGGGGGAGACCCCCGGGUUCGGCCGUGCCCCCCCUGCACCCCCCGGCUGGUGGCCCCAUCCCGUCGCCGUCCCCCGCCGUCCCCUGGCCCGGCCCCCCCCCAGUGACCCCCAACCCUUGUGGGGUCCCCUCUGUGCCCCAUGGUGCUCCGGGGGGGGCCUACGGGGGAGGAGCCCCCAACUUGGGGGGCUGCCAGGCCGCAGCCCCCUUCGCUCCCCCAGGCCCCGCCUGGCCCCAGCCAUUGGCUGCGGGGGGGGAUCUGGGGAGCACCCUGGGGGGGCUGACCCCUGACCCUGAACCUGACCCCGAGCCUGACGCCGGGGAGCUGGCAGCUGCCCGUGCCGCCGUCUGUGCCAUGGACCCCCGGGACCUCCUGCGGCAGGACGAGGAGGGUGACACGCUCCUACACGUCUUGUGCGCGCGGGGGUUGAGGGGUGCGGCACGAGCGGCCGCCGAGGCCUUCAAGGCGUUGGGUCAACUGGAGCUGCGCGAGCACCGCGGGAAGACCCCGCUGCUGGUGGCGGCGGCCGCGGCGGCGUCGGGGGUGGUGGGGGACCUGUUGGCGCUGGGGGCCGACCCCGACGCCGCCGACCACCGGGGCCGAACCGCGCUGCACCUGGCGGCCACCUACGGGCUCCCCAAAGUCCUCCAGGCUGUGAUGUCAUCGGGGGUCCCCGUGAACGUGGAGGCCAGAAACUUCGAAGGCCAGACCCCCCUGCACUGUGCCGUCCUAUCCCAUAAUGCCUCACUGCGAAUGGGGGGGAACCCUGGGGGGGUUUCGGGGGGGGGUCCCCCCAAUCCGACCCCCCAAGAACGGCUCCUCUGCGUCGAGCUGCUGCUGCGUAUGGGGGCCGACUGCGGGAGCCAGGACAUGAAGAGCAGCCAGACCGUGCUGCACUUGGCCGUGAGGGGGGGGAACUUGGCCUUGACCAACCUUCUGCUGCGCCAACCUGGGGUGGCCCCUCGCCUCGUCAACAUGAAGGCCCAUGGGAACACCCCCCUACACAUGGCGGCGGCGCUACCGGGGGGUCCGAGUCAGGAACCCCUCAUCCGGCUUCUUCUGGCCUGGGGGGCCGACCCCAGCGCCCGCAACCUGGAACACGACCUGCCCCACGGCCUGCUGCCCCCCGGACCCCCGGGAGACCAGCUCCGCCUCCUCCUGAAGAGCCGCCGUGGUGCCCGCCGCCCCUCCCCCACCUCCUAGGGGCAGAAGUGAUGUCGGGGGGGGGUGUGUACCCCAAAACACACCCACCCCCCCCAAAUUAAUUUUUCUUGAUUUCCAUGAAAUCGCUCAUUUCGAGGGGGGGGGUGAAAGGGGGCGGAGCCUCAGAAAUUACUCAUUUCCGGCUCCUCCCCCCCCACUUCCCCCCCCCCAUUUCCGGGAAAUGAAUCUCUGAACCAUAUUGGUUUUGGGGGGGGAGGGGCAAAAUGGAAAAAAACAAUAGGGGGGCCCCCCCCUUCCCCCCCUUUUAGGGGUGCUGAGCCCUUUAAGAGGGGCCCCCUACCCCGGGGGGGGCGGGGCUGCUGUGUAGCUCCGCCCCUCCCCAAUACACCCCUCCCCCCCCCAGGCCUCAUUAACGAGGGCUGUUAAUUAGGGGGAUGGAUUAAAGGGGCGUGUCCGUCCGCCCACCCCUCCCCCCCCCAAAUUGGGGGGUUGGGGGGGGUGGCUCAAACAGAGACCCCCAAAUUGGGGGAGGGAUGAACCUCAAAAUGAGGAUUUCACCCCAAAAUGGGGUGGGUGAGCCGAAACUGGGAGGAAACUGGU